AUGCUGCGCAGUCUCAAGCUCUAUGGCAUGGCAAACGCCGUAGAAGAUUUGGUCGCCCAAGGCGGGCCUUCUUUUGAGGCCGCAACACCUAUGUUGUCCCAACUGCUCAAAGCGGAGAUUGCCGAAAGGGAAGUGCGCUCAAUCACAUACCAGACAAAGGUGGCCCGCUUUCCGUCAUACAAGGACCUCGCAGGCUUUGAGUUCAAAUCUAGUGACAUCAAUGAAGCGACCGUCAAGCAACUGCAUCGGUGCGAGUUCAUGGAGAACGCUGAGAACGUCGUGCUCAUCGGCGGGCCUGGAACGGGCAAAAGCCAUGUCGCGACCGCCAUCGGUGUUCAGGCCAUUGAACAUCACAGGUGCAAGGUCCGCUUCUACUCAACCGUCGAACUGGUCAACGCGCUAGAACAGGAAAAGGCGCUCGGCAAGACCGGAAAGAUGGCAGAGAUGAUGACCAAAAUUGACCUCGUGAUUUUGGAUGAACUUGGCUACUUGCCGUUCAGUCCAUCCGGCGGCGCACUACUGUUCUAUCUACUGAGCAAACUCUACGAGCGGACCAGCGUCAUCAUAACCACCAACCUCAGCUUCUCAGAAUGGGCCCAGGUCUUUGGAGAUGCAAAGAUGACAACCGCGCUUCUGGAUCGCCUCACACACCGCUGCCACAUCCUGGAAACUGGAAACGACAGCUACCGCUUCAAAGCCAGCUCAGAGGCUGCAAAGAAAAAACGAAAGGACAAGCCAACAUUGACCAACACGUAACCGCUGAUACAUAAACAAAGGUGGGUCAAAUCUCGGUGAAAAUACCGGGUCAGUUCUCAGCGCAAAUCAACAACCUGAGACCCUUAAAUUCCUCCAGUUUUGUGUAGAGUCCGUUCC